AGGAGGGGCCGCGCAGGCGUUUCGCGGAACGAGGCCGCCAGACGGCGAGGCGAGCGGGGCUACUGGGGCGCAGUGCGCGGCCGUGUCCUUUGGCGCUUUUCCUGCUGCUCCUGCUCCUGCUCCUGCUCCAAGCGGCGUCUCCAUGAUGCUGCUCUGCCGGCUGGUUUCCCCGGGCGGCUGCAGGUGAGAGUCCGGCGGAGGGGCCUCUCGGAAGCCCUUGAGCUGCCUCUGGCCAAGGGCACGGCGUGAUGGGCCCUCUCGGGGCAAAGGAGAGGCGGAGCAGCGGGCGGGCGGGACAGACGAGGGAGGUGAACAAGGGAAGGGCGAGACUUGGCGCCGUGGAGUCAUGGGAACGAGGGGGAAGCGGACCCCAUUUCGAGCCAGGAAUCUGCGGCUCAUGCAGGAGUUCACCCGCUAAAUGGAUAAAAGUGGCAGCCCCAUAAUAUGCGCUGAACGUGGUGCUUGGGUGGCCUAUUAUUGCACGAGGACUCGGGCAAAGCUUCCUUUCCAGCCGUGGAGCUCACGGGGCCGCUUGCUUUGGGCAAGUUGCACACUCUCGGCCUACCUCACGGGGUUGUUGUGAAGCUAACAUUGAGUGGGGAACUGUAGAAGGAUCAUAAACUUCUUGGGGAAGUGAAGUCAUUUAUAGCUGGGUUUAGGAAAAAGAGUUUCCCGGUAAGUUUGAACUCUUACACCUUUCGCAUUAAGGGCUCGUCGUUUAAGCCCGUUCUGUUUGUCAGCGGCAGCUUGUAAUUUAGAUUUGUUAAAGAAUAUUAAAACGUUUCCCCCAUCUCUUGGGGAUGUGAAAUGAGAGCCCGUAGCUGCUCUAGGAGUGACUGUGUGACCAAGAAGCUGAUGCCCUGUUAUUUAGGGUUUUGUAUAACUUGCAGGGUGAGUUUACAUACUCUCAAAAAUAUAUAUGUUUUAUUAGUUUUUAUUAUAACAAACAUCUUAAAACAGCAAUCAUUAAGAAAAAAUAAUAAUUAAAAUCAACUGUAUCAUUUUACAUACUGUUUAUAGAAUCAAUACAAUAGUGAAAUGUAGGAUUUCUACAAUCCCUUGACUUCCCUCUCCAUGGUUCCAUUAUUUUAUUGUUAAUUCAUGCAUGUCCUAGUCAUAUUUCCCUCCGUUCAUAUCUGUUUUUAUCUGUUAUUAUAAUAUUGCAAUGUUUUUUUUGAAUCCUGCUGAUGUAUCAACAUAUGCUUUGACAUAUAUGCAAUAAAAAUUUCCCAUUCAUUUUAAAAUUUGUUACUGCCUGAUUUCUGAGUCUGCCUGUUAAUUUGGCAAUCUCUGCAUAUUGCAUUAACUUAAUUUGCCAAUUUUUUUGUGGGAAGUUUACAUACUCUUGUUCUUCUGUAACUAAUUUAUGUAUAAACGCAGCCUUAUCUGGUGAAAGGGCAAUGCAGUUAUCUCCAGUUUGAGAUACUGUACUGAAGAGGUUAAAAAGAGUUGCUCCACAAGACAAACAAGUGAAGUGAGUUUUAAAUAUGAUCCCAGUGAUGCUUUAUGUUGAAGGGGUAAGCUGUUAAGUAGAAAUUCUUGUGUUCUCUCUAGAAGAACUAUGUGACCUAGUUAGCCAGAUUCUCUUGUCAACACAGCGGUGUUACUGAUGAAAUGUUUCUGCAAGUGUUGCUCCUACUUGGCUAUCCACUGCCCACCUGGGGUGUGUGUGUGUGUGUGUGUGUGUCACCCCCCCUCCUCCACCAGUCACGGACUGUGGGCCGGGAGGGAGGGGUGGCAUUAUUAAUCUGGGAAGAUUGUUCUUUCAGGGCUCUACCAUCGCCACCGAUCCCUGGCAUUGAAUGUGUGGGGCUCUGAGGUGAGCUUGGCUGUCUGUCUGGUGUACCGGCCACCUAGCGCACCAGCAGCCACCCUGUCAGGCCUGCUGGAGGCGGUGGCCGGCUGGGCCUUGGAGUUCCCUAACCUAUUGGUAUUGGGGGACUUCAACAUCCAUGCUGAUGCCACUCCCUCCUCACAGGCUCUGGACCUGGUGUUUUCCAUGGCGACACUAGGGCUCUCCCAGUUUGUUUUGGCACCCACACAUCAAGCAGGCCACAUCUUUGGCGCCGGUAUAGAUGUGAUCAUGUCUCCUUCAAUGAAGGUGCCAUGGUCUGAUCACUACACUCUGAAAGCCAGGAUUGACUUUCCACCCCCACCCUGCUUAGGUGGCGAGCCGAUUUGGGCUCGCCCGCAGAGGCUGAUGGACCCUGAUAGAUUCCGUCAAGCCUUGCGAGACCUUGCUCCCCCUGGCGACUCAUUGACUGAGCUUGUUGAGGGCUGGAAUAUCCAGCUCCUGGCAGCCAUCGAUGAGAUCGCACCUAAGCGGCCUCUGUGCCCCCGCAGAAACCGGGCUCCCUGGUUUACCGAGGAGCUUCGGAAAAUGAAGCGGGACCUCAGACGGCUAGAGUGAGUAUGGCGGGGUGCCCGUGACGGAGCCUCAAGAACAUCUUAUAGGGUUUUUAUGAAAACCUAUGAGGUGGCAGUGAAGGCUGCUAAGAAGUCUUACUUCUUGGCCUCCAUUGCAUCCGCUAGCUCUCGCCCGGCGCAAUUAUUUAGUAUAAUUAGGUCUUUAACGUCCCUUGAAGGACAGCCAAAUUUAAAUAACAAUCUGACACACGGCUGUGAGGCAUUUGCGAGCUUUUUUGCGGAGAAGGUCAUGUUGCUCCGCCAUGACCUCCCUGCCAAUUUGGAUACAAUAAAGGAACUGGAGGCCCCUCGACUGUCCUCGGGUCCAGUAUUGGACCACUUUGACCGGAUAUCCCCAGCCGAUGUGGACAGACUCCUCCGAGCUGGAAAGCCCACCACCUGUCCUCUUGACCCGUGCCCGUCUUGGCUGAUUAGAGCGUGUCCAGACGAGGUGCGGCCCCCCCGGGGGAUAUCAUCAAUUUGUCCCUUUUCACCGGGAUAUUCCCAGGGGAACUGAAGGAGGCAGUGGUGCGCCCGCUCUUAAAGAAAACAUCAUUAGAUCCCUUAGAUCUAUCCAAUUACCGUCCAAUUUCAAAUCUUCCAUUCCUGGGUAAGGUGAUUGAGAGAGUGGUUGCGGAACAGCUUGGUAGGUUUCUGGAUGAAACAUUGGCUCUGGAUCCAUUCCAGUCUGGCUUCCGCGCUGGUCAUGGGACCAAGACGGCUCUGGUCGCCCUAACAGAUGAUCUCCGCAGGCAGCUGGAUCGAGGCCGGUCGGGGCUGCUGAUUCUUCUAGACCUGUCAUCAGCCUUCGACAUGGUCGAUCACGAACUCCUGGACCACCGCCUUGCCGACGUGGGGAUUCGGGGCACAGUCCUUCAAUGGCUGCGCUCGCUUCUCUCUGGUCGGGGACAGAGGGUGGCGCUUGGGGGAAAUUGUCAUCGCGCCACUCCUUGGUGUGUGAAGUGCCUCAGGGUGCGAUACUCUCCCCGAUGCUUUUUAACAUCUUUAUGUGCCCCCUCGCCCAGCUUGUCCAUAGUUUUGGGCUGGGUUGCCAUCAGUAUGCCGAUGACACCCAACUAUCUGUUGAUGGAUGGCCAUCCUGACUCGGCCCCAGACACACUGACCAGAUGUUUGGAAGCUGUGGCUGGAUGGUUACGUGGGAGCCGGUUGAAGUUAAAUCCUUCGAAGACAGAGGUCCUCUGGCUGGGACGGGAUGAUAUGGGAUUGAGGGGGGCAACUCCCAUCUCUUGCGGGGGGUGCAAUUAGUGCCAGCACCGUCCGUUAAGAGUUUGGGUGUAAUCUUCGAUACCUCCCUCUCUAUGGAGGCGCAGAUUACAGCUAUAACAAAGGCGGCAUUUUUUCAUCUCCGCCAAGCUAAGCAGUUGGCCCCUUAUCUCUCUCGCCCUGACCUAGCCACUGUGAUCCACGCGACAGUCACCUCCAGACUGGAUUAUUGUAACUCGCUCUACGUGGGGCUGCCCUUGAGACUGACCCAGAAACUCCAGUGGGUGCAGAAUGCCGCGGCGAGACUCCUUAUGGGGUCUUUGCUGCGAGAUCACAUUCAUCCGGUACUAUACCAGCUGCACUGGCUCCCGGUGGAGUACAGGAUCAGGUUUAAGGUGCUGGUUUUAACCUUUAAAGCCCUAUACGGCCUAGGACCCUCGUACCUAUGGGACCGCCUCUCCUGGUAUGCCCCACAGAGGAACCUACGGUCUGCAAAUAAAAACAUCCUGAAGGUCCCAGGCCUCAGAGAGGUUAGGCUGGCCUCAACUAGAGCCAGGGCUUUCUCGGCUGCGGCUCCAAUCUGGUGGAACGCUCUGUCACAAGAGACUAGGGCCCUGCGGGACCUGACAUCUUUCCGCAGGGCCUGCAAGACAGAGUUGUUCCACCAGGCCUUUGGUCAGGACACAGCCUGACUCCCUCCUCUGGCAACCUGCACAGAAUUUGCUUAACGGUUGCCAUUAAUUUGAUUUUAAUUAAUUUUUAUAGUGAAAUGUUUUUAGAAUGUUGGAUUAUUUGAUUGUUUGAUUAUUUGAUUGUUGUUAGCCGCCCUGAGCCCGGCUUCGGCUGGGGAGGGCAGGAUAUAAAUAAAAUUUAUUAUUAUUAUUAAAUAUUUCAGUUCAGGCAUGUACAGUAAGUGUGAAUUUACAUGCAUUUAACUUGUGCACAUUCAGCCUUUAUGCACUUGGCAAAAACAGUAAAAAUAAAAGGGGGGUGGGGAGGGUUUGGCAAUCCAUUACACCAUUGCUUGCUCCUUUUCUCUCUGUUUCAGUCUCCACCCCACCAAAUGUAUUUCAACAAUUUGCCAUUGGUGCUUCUGUUUGUUUUCCUCUAUGUUAGGAUAACAGCAGUUGUAACUGAGAGCCAGCGCGUUCAAGGAUAUUGUGAUUGAGAUGUUUGCUUGUGGGAUACUUAAGUUCAAGGCCCUUUCAGCCUCGGUUCAGUUAAGUGGGGCUAGUGGUGAUGUAGAUAGCUGUGAGGAUAAGUUAACAUUCUAAAAGAAGAAAUUAUAAAGAAUUUGGCUGGUCACAUAAUAUAGCAAGAUAAGAAUCCUACAUUUUUUAUUUUGUUUUCUUCUCUUCCAGAAAUAGCAGUAAACUGAUUGCACCUCUUGGGUGUCUGGCAUCUAGACAAAAGCAUACUCUUCCUGACCUGCCUUAUGAUUAUGGGGCCCUGCAACCUCACAUAAGUGCAGAAAUUAUGCAACUUCACCACAGUAAACAUCAUGCUGCGUAUGUAAAUAAUCUGAAUGUUGCUGAAGAAAAAUACAAAGAGGCCUUGGCAAAAGGUAUGGGUAACUGUAUAUCUGUGUUACAUGUCUGUCAGUGUGUGCUCACAUGUUGUCUCCUGGGCUAAAGUUAGUACAGUACUUAUUUGAGACAGAGGCCAUGUUUUCCUAAAGUGGCCAGCUGCAGUGCAGGGGGGCUAUAGUUUACACCUUAAGCUCCAGAAAGCAUUUCAGACGCCUGGCAUAGGAUCUCAGAAUGAAUAGUUAUGAGAUUUGAAGCCUUGUAACUAGAAAUAUGUCUGUACUAAAACUUAUUACUGUAGUCAUCUUUAUUGGUAUAUUAGGAGUACCAUUAUAUUACAGCUGUCACCUUGUCCAACUAGUAGUUGCACAAGAGAGGCAGAUGAGGAUCAGAAUUUGUACCUCCCAACUAUUUUCUGUUGAAUUUUAGAGUUAAGGCUGAAUUGCAUUGUUCUUUGUGGCUGAAACUAUGCUGUAUCUAAAGCAACGCUUAUACCUUGUAGUUACAUUUAAAAUGUAAUUUCUUAUCAAACGUUGAGAUUUUAAUGAAAUCUCCAGAGUUUUGCAUUAAUACUAAUGUGAUUAAAUGGGAAGUCCAUGGAACUUUGUGAUACUAAUUUUAAACUCAAGAGCUAUAGGCUGUUUUAAAAUGUGGUGCAUUUCUGCUGAGUCGAGUUAGUAUUUCAGAGCCUUAUAAGGAGGCAUAAGGCUGAGAAAUGAUAAAGAAAUAUAUAAGGUUAGAAAUAAUGGUUUUUCUUCCAAACUGCUGUAGUGUCACAUUCUCACACUAAAACACCUAUGAUACAAGGGGAAGCUGCUGAGAGGCAAACAACUGAAGAAUUGCAACACAUGUUGACUUGCUGUAUAUGUGGCUGUCUGAAUGAGUUCAGCAAUGUAAUAGGUUGCUUUGAAAGGCAGUAGAAUGGAGCUGUAGGAUUGCCCAUCUUGGGCUGGACAUUUGAGAUUAUUUGUUGUGUUCAGAUUUGAGUACAGUGGUACAUCCGAUUGCUCACGGGAUCCGUUCCGGAGCUCCGGUUGGAUUCCGAGGAAUUCGCAAUUUAUUUAUUUUUAAAAAAUAAUAUUUAUUAAUUUUCCAACCGUUUAAACACAACAAAACAGAAAAAACACACAUAAGACUAACAAAACAAGACACAAACUGUUUAAAACCCAAAACAAUUUCACUAUCUUAUCUUUCAUUCCCUUAUUUCCACGACCUCCUCACACCUCCCUUUUUGUAUUCCACUUCUGUUAAUUGUUUCAGCAAUUCCUUUCCAUCUUCCUCUGUUUUCUAUCCUAUAAUUAUCUUAACAUAUUCUAACCUUAUUUUUCCCUUUAAUACUCCAUUAAUCUAUUUAAACUUGAUUCCUUAUAGCAUUUCUACUAAAGCCAUAUAACUUCAUUCCAACAUUUUUCUAACAUUCAUUAUUUUUACAGUAUUUCUAUAAAUAGUCUUAAACUUUUUCCAGUCUUCUUCCACCGACUCUUCUCCCUGGUCUCGGAUUUCUGCCAGUCGUUUCUGCCAAUUCCAUAUAGUCCAUCAACUUCAUCUGCCAUUCUUCCCGAAUAGAUAAAUCUUGUGUCUUCCAGUACUUCACAAUGAGUAUUCUUGCUGCUAUUGUUGCAUACGUGAAAAAAGUUCUAUCCUUCUUUAACACCAAUUGGCCGACCAUGCCCAGGAGAAAGGCCUCUGGUUUCUUCAAAAGGGUAUAUUUAAAUACCUUUCUCAUUUCGUUAUGAAUCAUCUCCCAAAGUGUCUUAAUCCUUGGGCAUGUCCACCAAAGGUGAACUCUAAUCCUCAAAUUCAUCUGUUUUUCUUUAAGUUCAGUCAUAACAAGCGUCAACUUAUGUUCAUCAAAUUGCCUCUGUAGGGCUGGGGCUCUCUUUCUCUUUCUCUCCAGUUGUGUUACUUUACAUUCAGUAACAACAGCUUUUUCCCUGGCUUCCUCUGCAGUUUGCCGUAUCAAAGUAGGUUCCUGUAUCAAUUUCUGGGUGGUUUCUGUAUUGGUAUUAUUUAUACUUUCUGUAUUUAAGUUAAUUUUAGUAAUUGAAACAUCCACUUUCGCAUUUAUCGUGUCCAUUUUCCUGUUAAGCUGAUCCAGUGAGUCAUUUAUCUUAUAUAAUGCAGCCACUAAAGCCUCUUCUGUCGACAUUCCUCUUGGUUUUAAAUAUACUGGUACAAAGGCAGCAACAGAAGGAGCAGGGGGGCCUGAUGGUGGACCUCUCCUGAAUUGUUGCCAAGUCCUCCCAGCCCUUAAUGUUUUGUCAGCAGUUGACUGGUCUGUUUUUCCUCUUCCAUUUACCAUAACACUUAAAAGAUUCAAGGUCAGUCCCAGAGUCUCACGGUUUUUAACUUGCUGCUGGAAAUUCCCCUAGCCCAGCUCUUGUAAAGCAACCGGUUUCAAAGGCUUCCACUAGGGAAACAGUUUCUAUUUGUAAUAGUCAAUAGUAUCCUCUUUUAAACAAUCCAAAAUUAGUUUCAAAUUAGUUUCAAUUUUCAGUUACUUUUACUCCUUUUUAAAGCAGCCCGAGACAGUAGAAACAAUGUAUUUCUCUUGUUUAACUAGCUGUCAAUGAACGUUCUAAGUGCUGUCAAUGAACAUUCCAAAAGACGUCAGUCCUACUAGCAGCCCGUUUCCAGGGUCAGAGCGGCGGUGUUUUAAAUCUCUUCGCUCUCUCCCACAGGCAUACUCAAUCCGCAACUUCCCCCCUCUUCUCCUGCCUCCAAGAGGGGGUUUAAUGUUCUUUAUCGAUGGAAAUUUAAUCUUUUACAAAAGGCUUUCCAGGACUCCAGCUUGCAACUUCAUUGCCUCAGUCUAUUUACAAAAGGGGAAGGCGGACUUCCUGUUUUGAACCUCCCCGUUACGGUACCAAAUUAAACAUUUAGAAAUCCAAUUCUUCCACUUCCGCUCUACUCACGGGUAAUUACUUUAAAGUCAAAUUGUCCACAGGAAAAGGUCAGCGCUCUCCGGCAACAGCUAUGCGGCUUCGCUCCAUGGAAGAAGCAGACGAUUUGAUGCACCGCGCCGCUCACCCCACGUCGCUCCGGAGCCCCAAAAACCGGGGUUCCCCACGAGUGGGGGAGGCGCAAAAGGUGCCCGCCGAAUCCCACGCUCACAGGCUUCUCCCGCCUGUGAUUUUAACGGGUCUCCGCCUUCGCCGUGGCGGCCAGACCCAGAUUCCCACGGAGCAGAUUCCUCCCGGUCAGAGGAAUUCCGCCAUUACCGGAGGCACCUCCCCGGAAGUCCCGAGGAAUUCGCAAUUGGGGGUGCCUGUUUUGCGCAUGGCGCGGUAGAGUGCUUCUGCGCAUGCGCACGUUACGAAACCCGGAAAAAUACUUCCGGGUUUGCUGCAUGCGUAACCCGAAGGAUAUGCAACCAGAGGUGUACCUAUCCAGAGUUACCACUGUAUCUUAUUGUCCCUCUGCAAUGCCCAUGUUGUUUCAAUAGAGCUGUAAACUGUUGGAUGUCAAGUUACAUUGGUUGCAAUCCUGUACCUAUUUACUUGGGAGUAAAGCUGGUUGAAAUCACUGGGAUUUACUUCUGUGGAAUUAUAUAUAGGAUUGCACUGUUCAAUGCAUUUUCAAAACAACAUUGUCAAGUAUUCAAAAAGGCAAUUCAAGUUUUUAUUUUUUCUACAGUGUAUGUAUACAACUUCAGGGCUCUACACAGUUUUUCUCUGUAAUUUUCCUCGCAAGCUUUAUGGAGAAAGAAAGGAGGAAAAUAACUGUUGCUAUGAGAGUUAAUGAUUGUGCAGAGACAGGAAUGCCUUUUGGCUGGUGGCUUCAAGAUAAGCAAAUUGGCCGUUUACUCCCUUUCUUUUUAGGCUGUAUCCAAGAGCACUUUCUGAGUGCUGUCAAUAGAUACCUAGUCCAAUGUACAAGAGUAUUCUACUCAAACUACAUGAAGCAGAAAAUCUGCACUCAGUGGGUGCAAAGCAGAUUUGUUGUUUAAAGUGACACUGAAUCUCAGUUUGUGUUGAGUUGCACAACAGCUCUCCCAUCAGAGGAGCAUUCUGUUGCAAUGUAAUGCAGGAAGGCUCUUUUGAAAAAUCAAAUGAAACAGUUGACAGUUUCCAGAAUCUUAAACUCUGAAUUUUAAAAAAGAGGAAACCUAAACUUGAUAAAGUACAUACACAUUUUUGUUGUGUAAAUAUUAGUUCAAAAAUAUGUCCAAUAUACUUCAGUGCAAAAAGCAAUAUUAAAACCAUCUCUGAAGUGCCCCCAUCUUCCAAUAUAAGACAGGUGACAACAAGGAAUAGGACCUUACUCAGGGUGCCUUGCCUUUGGGGUGUGUAUUUUUUAAAGAAGCUGAAAACUUUCUUUUUUCUGGCUGCUUGUUAACAUGAUUUGGUUGGGCUUUCUUGCUAAUUUUAAAUUGUUUUAAAGUUUAUUACUUUAGAUUUUAAAUUAGCUGCUAGGAUGGAGUAUAAGUAUUUUAAACAAGUAUUUGUAACUUUAGCAGUUCAGAUUUACUUGUGUUAUGGAUUACAUAUUAAUCAGACACAUGCCUAUAUGUUAGCUGUCCUAGUUCUAGUGAGCCUAAUUGUGGCCUGGCUAAUUGUAGUGAGCCUGUCUGUAGGCUUUUUAUCUAUGUUUCUCAGUGCAGUAAAGCCAACACAACUUCGGCCCCUGAAGAUCCAGUCGUCUUCAGUGAGCUUUUUGCCCUCCGUCACUAUUCUCUGCAUGCACACUUUACAUAAUCUAACAUUCAAGAAAAAGAAUGGGAAUGUCAAGCACUAGUUUAGCUGCAUCCUUGCUUGUUUCCCUGGCAUGGGAAAUUUCUGAGGUUUAUUUUCCCCCCCUUGUUCAACACUCCUGCAUGCUGCUGCUGACUUCUCCUCUAUCCUGGCUGCAUGGCACAGAAGGGACUCUACCAGCAGCAGUUCUCAGGAAUUAUGGAAUUGUAGAGUUCUUUGUUAGGACUGUGCUUGAGGGGUAGGCAGAUGAAAGAGGGCGUCCCUUGCGUCUGCUUUCAUACUGCCUAGAAGUACUCUCAUUCUCAUUUUAAACUCUUCUGCCCCUUUCUCGCAUCUGGGACAGGGAAGUGGUAGCUGUAGCCCCUUGGAGCUAGUUUGAUGUCCCGGGCUCAGCAGCACUGGAGGAAUCCAAGCAAGACUUGGGAACAGGAGUUGUAGCUUUUGCAGAAGCUCCAGAGCACAGAAAGUACAAAUUUCUCAACUCGUUUGGAAGGGAGCAUAAUGAUGCAGCAUAGUCAGACUUGAGGAUCACCUACAGCAUAUUUAUUCUGUUGGGAAGCACAUGUCACAGUUUGCCUGAAUUAAGGAGUAUUUCUGAAGUGUUGUUCCCCAGCCUAUGGGAGUAGGCGUAGAAAUUUGGGCUCAGCAGUUUUAUGUAAGGAAUUCAAGGGUCAGUGCUGCCAUUCCUCACAUCUUCAUUGUAAUAUGAACUCAUUUAAGGGGGCAUGCUAAAGAAGGAAAUAAAUUGGGCUGGAGGAAGAAGCAUUUUUAGUAUUGCCAUAUCCUCCUUUAAAAAGGGAGAAACUGGUAGUUUCUUGCCUGAGAGUCCCCAGGCAAAUGAAUGGAGAUGGACCUGCUCUCUUGAUUUGUCUGUCAGGGGUCAGCAAACUUUUUCAGCAGGGGGCCGGUCCACUGUCCCUCAGACCUUGUGGGGGGCCGGACUAUAUUUUUUUUGGGGGGGGGGAAUGAAUGAAUUCCUAUGCCCCACAAAUAACCCAGAGAUGCAUUUUAAAUAAAAGGACACAUUCUACUCAUGUAAAAACACGCUGAUUCCCAGACCAUCUGCAGGCCGGAUUUAGAAGGUGAUUGGGUCGGAUCCGGGCCCCGGGCCUUAGUUUGCCUACCCGUGGUCUUUGUGUUCCAAGAGACUUUGAGGAAUGGUUGGUGGCAACUGAAUAGUGGCAGACUAUGCAGCCAAGCCAAAAUUUUGGGAUCCUUGCUUAAGGUGUGUGUAUGUGUGUACACACAUUCACACUCACAAAAUAUGUAUAAAGGUUGUGGAUUUAUAUAGACUAGUGUAUAUGUUAAGGCACGACUCUUAAAAUAUCCAGAGUUAUGGUAGGCAGAAUUCAGUUCAUGUCAGAGGAAGUAGAGGAGGAAGUUUGGUCAAUUCCUCUUUCUCCCUGUGACCCCCUGAACAACUACUCAGGAGAAGUGGAAAUUUUCAGGAACAGCAUGAAAGAUAAUUGGGAGGGGGGGGAGACAGUAGAAGAAUCAGUGAAAAUUUCCUUCAUACACUUUUUUCCUCCAUCUGGGAGCUUUUGCUGGAACAGCCAGUCUUGAUCCUAAUCCAUUAUUUGUAUUUUUACUUUCUUUUCUAAGCUGCAAUUCAUUGAUUCAAAUUAACACUCUUAACUAAGUGGACUCCUCCUGGGGUAAGGAAUAAUUUGUUCUCUGCUAAGGCUUACUGUAGAUGUUGCACUUAAUUCUCUGUUCUUUGCAGGUGAUGUGACUGCUCAGGUGUCUCUUCAGCCGGCUCUGAAGUUCAAUGGUGGAGGUCACAUUAAUCACACUAUCUUCUGGACAAACCUUUCUCCUAAUGGUGGAGGAGAACCAAAAGGUUUGUAAUCAAAGCAUUUUAAUGUUACACAGGACAUUUGAAAAGCCCCACUCAAUCAGACCAAAUGCUAAUGUAUCAUUUAUUAUAGCAUCUUUAGUCUGUGUUCUAGUGUAGAUGAUAGACAGCAUAAGACAGCAAAUAAAGUGUGUAAUGCUUAUCAUGAAGCCAAUAAUGAAAACAUCUUAAAUAGCAUUCAAGGUCAACAACAGUAGGGAACAUCAGAUUGCCUUCUCUUCCACUAAAGACCUGGGCAGAAAGCUUGCAUCUUGAUAACCCUCCCUCCUUUGAAAAGGAUACAGAGAUGGGGUCAGACACACCUCAGAUGAAAAGGUAUUUCAGAAAUUGGGAGUCACCACAGAAAAGGCCUUCUCCCACGCUGCUGCCUCACAAUUUUUUUUUAUUGUCCAGCAUUCUGUCCUAGCAGUGGCUAGCCUAAUAACUAUGGGAAGCCUCCAAGCAGCAUAUAAUGCCAAUGAGGCACUUUAUCAAAAGCUUUUUUAAAAGUUUGAAGCACACAGUGCUCAGUUUGCAUGUAAUGUUAAGGCAAACCAUGGCUUAGUGAGAACAUGCAGCUUCCCAGAGAACAGUUUGUGGCUGCUCCUGUGACCUACAUUAUGGUUUGUUUUAGUGUGUCAUCCAAACUAGGCUUGCAGUUUGUCUCCUCCAGAUGAACCACAACCUGUAAAACGAUGAAUGUAAUGCAUGAAUGGCUGUGUGUUACUUAUGGCAGUAAAUGUGACAUUUGGAAGCAGAACACUUCGAAAAGUGUAAUGGUAGGCGUGUCCUCUCUUAAGCCUCUUCCAAAUGGCAAGGGUGUUUGCACUUUAGCUUGUGGACAGGCUGUUGCCCACAUGAGCUUCACACUGUUAUCUGCUGUUCCCUUAGUUCUCUGGACAGCUGUCUAGAUGUAAUACUGCGUUGUGGUGUUAGGUAGUGGUUGUGAUCAUUAUAGAUGAUAAGAUACUUUUCAAAGGGAAAAUCAGAAUACAUUAUGGGACACAGCUGAUUAGUCAUUGCAGCAGUCAGUGUACAAACUGAAAUGUACCAAAUGCUGUAGAAUUCGGAGACGAGGCAAAGAUCUACAUCCAGGUCUGGUGCUGGUGAUUUCUUAACCACAGUUACACACUUAUCAGCAAGCUGUAGGAUCACACACUCCCACCAGUCAGCUCUUGCUUUUCUCCCACCCUUCCUGUAGCCACAGGAAGUAUUCUAACAUCAUCCGUGUUAACUGGUUAUCAUUAAUUGGAGUUCCCUGUUAAACAGCUUCAGACUGUUUAUCAGAGACUGGUUAAGAGAGAAGCAUGUUAGGGUUAACUGUUAAUGUUGGUGCUGAGGUACCGCUUACCUAUGGUUGAGACUGGCAAAUGAAGGACUGGUGAUCCUGCAACCGACUUCCAUUCUAUUGAUGAUUGUAAGAUUUACAUCUGUACCUAUCCUUACUUCUGAAUUAAUAUGAAUGAUUUUUUGGAACGUCAAAUGGAAAGCUAAUGAAGUGUGCUCUGUGUGUGAAUUGUUAUUAUUAUUUCUAUUUAUUAAGGGGAGCUAAUGGAAGCUAUUAAGCGUGAUUUUGGCUCCUUUGCGAACUUCAAGGAGAAGUUGACAACUCUUUCAGUUGGAGUCCAAGGCUCAGGAUGGGGAUGGCUCGGUUUUAAUAAAGAACAGGGUCGACUGCAGGUGACUGCCUGUUCCAAUCAGGAUCCUCUUCAAGGGACUACAGGUGAGUUUCUCUAGCUGGAGCUUGUCUACAAUUGAAAGUACAAUUUUUGCUAUGUGGUAGAUGAAAGCAGACACCAGCAGUUCUGCUCACCAGAGCAAAGGAAGAAGGACUCCCUGCUUUCCCUUGCAUAGCUGAUUGGAUAAGAAAUCUACUUGUUUCCUCUUAUCAAAACCUACUUGUGUGCAGGAAAUAAAAAUAAAUAUUUCUCUUCUUUUCUAGGUCUUGUUCCCCUUCUAGGAAUUGAUGUAUGGGAGCAUGCAUAUUAUCUCCAGUAUAAAAAUGUUAGACCCGACUAUCUCAAAGCUAUUUGGAACGUGAUAAACUGGGAAAACGUAUCUUCGAGAUAUGCAGCUUGCAAAAAGUAGAGCAAAAUCUUGCACAAGAUCAUUAAAGAAAGAACACUGUUAUUCCUUGAUCAUUUUUGUAGUAACUUCUAGCAGUUUGUUUGCUAAUUGCUCCACCACUUAAAAUAUUCAAGCUCAUCAAAAGAAAGUUCUUAGCUCAAUGUUUGCUUAAUUUGGUGAAAUGCUCACUUGUUCUUCAAAAACGAAUCCUUUACCCAGUGUUCUGAAAGAAUACAAUCCCUUACAAAACAUCAGUAUGGGAUUACAACCGGUUCCUUUUGAUAACAUGUGAUUUGCUGCUUACUCUUUCGAGUGAGUUUCAAGGUGCACGUAAUUCAGAGGGAAAGUCCAAAAUAACAGCAUUCUCUGAGCAUUUUAUAGACUAUGAGCAGAAUUCCUCUUCCUCUUCUUCCACUUGCAGCCCUUGCAAAUCUCACCUGGGGUGUUGCCACUCUACAGAAUAUCAGGUUGGUGUGCAAAAGGGGGAGUCCUGUUGUGGAGUGCAAAUCUGUUUGUCUUGAGGAUGGGCACCAUUGAAUAUUGCCCUGUGUUUGAAUUAAAUGCUGUUGCGUAUAUUGUAGCCUACCAAAACCUUGAGUAAAAGGCAAUUCGUUUUAGUCUUCCUAACAGCCGAUUUUGCAAAUGUUUGUUCAUUACAACGUGAGGAUUCCUAAUGCAUGUCAGCUGCUAAGAACAGUGGGUUAACUUUCAUGGUUUUUGUCCUGCUGAAAGUGGAAAAAGGGAAAACAAAAUACCCUGGAAAGAUGCAUUGCACCAAAUGUAUAGGAUAUCAGGUUUGUGGUUAAGUGUGUUUAAUAUAUGUGUAUUUGUCUUCAAAUGGGAAGUAUCCAAUUGUUUGCUACUUCUGUAGGAUGUAUUAAUAACGGGUAAUGAAAUUGUUUUCUAAUAUUGCUGUAACUGGCUUUCCUUUUUUGUACUGCAGUAUUUGAUUGGAAAUCUGAACUUUGCUCUCGAAAUAAAAUCUAUGAAGUUACUCUGCUACAUGAUUUAAUACGUUUAAAGGCCCCACAAGGGCCUUAAAUAUGUGUCUGAGGUGUUCAUUAUACCACAAUAUCCACAGAAACAUCUUUAUUCCUUCCCAGCAGCACCCCCAUGCUACACCCCUGCUUUAUGCCCCUGAUAAUAUGUGGGGUUAGAGAAGGAAGAAUUAGGUGGUUGAAGAUAUAUCAGAAGCUAAAUGUUUAUAAUUUAAUGGAAUUAGUAGUGUUAAAACUUUACCCGAUUUCUUUGUUUUCACCAGUUCUACUCUUCAGUGUUGAUCUUGUAAAAUAGCACACCUAUUAAUCUAAGCUUCUACAUCCUCAAUUUUUUCCUCACUCAUUCCUGUAAAGGAGACUGCUGCAUGGGCCUUUAUGCAUGCUUAUAGUCUUCUACACACAUUGAGCUCUAUGAAUGGGUUACCUAGAAGCUGCAUUAUUCUACCCUCACAUAAAGAAAACACUAGAGUUUAAUUUAAGCAAAUUAUGGCAAGUGCAUAUAUGAGCUGUCAAACAGAAUUCGAGCCAAUGGCUAAAUCUUCAUCUUACAAUGGAAGUGAUACAGAUGGACAAAUCUCCAAGUGAAAACAUGUGAGACCCUUGUGCCUCUUGCAUCUUAUUGCAACUAAAGACAGUCUAGCUGUGAUAUGCUUUGGAAGCAGCACCUACAAAGUCAUAUUGGGCCACAAGAACACUAACAAUUCCCAUUUCUGUGGACUCAGACCUUUCCUUACCUCCCCAACUGUAGCAAGGAAGCCAAUUCUUCAGUAUACCUGCAGCCUAUGCUGGUCCUGCAAUCAUCCCUGAAAGCCACAGCCACUGGUUCCCCUCUGCGUGCAUCUUCAUACUAGUCUCUGACUUUUCUUUCCCCAUAAUAAAUGUGAUAUAACUGGAAGAACUCCAUUUGCAACAUCUAACUCGGAUUGACUGAAUUUUUGAAUCCCAAUGGAUUCUCCAUAAAACCAUUUCACUUGCAAAAGCUUGAGUGUGAAAAGAAAAUCACCUUAUUUCUAAUGUUAUUGUGCAGUCUGGUCCUAUGCAUAUUUACUCACAGGUAACUUAAUGGGAUUGCAGCUUUACGAGGGCUUUGCAGUGGAGGGAGUUGACAGGUGCUAUGAUUAUACCCGGCAUAUAAAUUCAGGCCUCAUUUUAUGUCAUUGCAUGCGAUUCCAAGAGAAGUAUGGCUUUAAUAGGGAAGGGGGUUCUGUUGACUGGAGAUCAAAUGUGAGGUUUACAUGUUGUGCAGUUAUGCCUAUAAAGCUGCAAUUCUGGGUGAAUACAGAAAAAUAGCCCUUUACCCAAGUAGUUAAUCAGGGUGUUCCUGUAACUGAGUGGCAAUCUGGUUGUCUUCUUGUUGUUUAGUCGUUUAGUCGUGUCCGACUCUUCGUGACCCCAUGGACCAGAGCACGCCAGGCACUCCUGUCUUCCACGGUCUCUCGCAGUUUGGUCAAACUCAUGUUCGGAGCUUCGAGAACACUGUCCAACCAUCUUGUCCUCUGUCCCCUUCUUCUUGUGCCCUCCAUCUUUCCCAGCAUCAGGGUCUUUUCCAGGGAGUCUUCUCUUCUCAAGAGGUGGCCAAAGUAUUGGAGCCUCAGCUUCAGGAUCUGUCCUUCCAGUGAGCACUCAGGGCCAAUUUCCUUAAGAAUGGAUAGGUUUGAUCUUCUUGCAGUCCAUGGGACUCUCAAGAGUCUCCUCCAGCACCAUAAUUCAAAAGCAUCAAUUCUUCAGCGAUCAGCCUUCUUUAUGGUCCGGCUCUCACUUCCAUACAUCACUACUGCGAAAACCAUAGCUUUAACUAUACAGACCUUUGUUGGCAAGGUGAUGUCUCUGCUGCCACCAUCUGCUAGGAGGCAGAGGUGGCAAAUGGAACAUCCCAACCUAUGCUGAAUAUUCCCUGGAAGAGAGUCCCCACCUCCAGAACAUAGCUUUCUAUUAUUAAAUGUCAAACUGUAACUCUCUAACUUUACCAGCAGGUGCUGCUGCAGUACCAUACUUAGAAAAUGGGUUUGGCUUACAGAAUCUCUUUAAUAAGAUUGUAGCCCAACACUGUUUUCUUUUAGCUUUCUUUUUGGACCGUUUGACACACCAUCACCCGCUUUAUUAGGGGAAGUUUAGUAAAUAGGUUCUGCAAGCUGUUUGCUGUAUGCAUGAGGGCACAUGAUGCAGCUGAUGCCAAGGAAGUCUGGGUCUGGACACUGGAUGGGAGACUGUCUUGUGAAGCCCAUGCCUUGAGUUCCACGACGGAAGAAAGGUGUGGAAUAAAUGCACGGAAUAAAGGAAUUUGACAAUAUAAGAAGGAACAGUGGAAACUUGCAUCUUUCUGAAUAUUCUGAAGUAUAACAACAGAAUCCCAUUUCCUUCCCUCUUGCAACCAAUUUAAUUGCUUCUUUUCUCCGAAUAAAAUUAUUGUUUGAAAUAGGGGUUUAUUAUGGCCACCCCUUUUACCAAUAAGGUUUUAUUCAGUGAAACAGUGAAAGAUACUUCAGAUUUGUCCAGAUUGUAAACAAAUCAUUUUGAGGGACUCCAGUUUGUAAAAGGAAGCCGACAAAUACAUAAUCUUUGAAUCAAGUUUUUCUUUUUUAAUCUCCUCUCCACCCCACACUUGUGCUUAACAACUUAACAUUUGAGACAAUGUGUUUUUUAUUAUCUUGGCAGUCACAGAUACUGAUUUGAAAACUGCUUUGCCUCAGGAAAUAAUGUGCCUAGCAAAAUUUGUGUGCACAGAUGACAUGACCAAAUGCAUGGACUCUUGCCAGUAGAGGGAGAUCGUUAUCCACUUCAUCUUCUAGUGCAGUUCAAAUUAUUAGGAAUUUUGCUGCACUGUGAAGCCCACGUAACUCACUGAAUAAAUAAGACCAUUUUGCUUCAUGCUCACACUUUGUGGAAUGCUGUAAAGGACAUCAUGGUAGACUUUCUCCAAAUGCUUUUACAAUCUGUGAUGGAUAGAUAGGGGAAAUGGAUAGAAGAUAAAAAAAACACACUUUAUAAUGGUGCAGUGAGUAUUGGGAAGGGGCUAUAGCUCAGUAGCAGAGCAUAUAUUUUGUAUCCAAAAAGUCCAGGCAAAGUGUGAUGUUGGAAGCUGGAAGGAAUUUAUCAGAUUGUGCAUAUAGAAUCAUAGAACUGUAGAGUUGGAAAGGACCACAACGGUCAUCUAGUCCAAAUCCUCUUCCAUGCAGGAAUCUUUUGUCCAACAUGGAGCUCAAGCCCACAACCCUGAGAUUAAGAGUCUCAUGCUCUAAUGACUAAACAAGGAAAACAAUCAAGACACCUUUUUUAAGGGAAACUUCUAUACCACAGUGGUCAUUGUCACUUUUAAAAUUAAUCAAAAUUGGAGUGCAUUCCACCUUGUGAGAACAGUAUGCACGACCUUUAAAAUACUAUAAGAAUAAAAGCAAAACAUCCAGCACAAAUUAUCAUGUUAGACAUAAGGGCUCUAGUGUUGCCUUUUCCCUGAUCUGCUAGUUUUCUGUGUGCAUCAGAAAGCGCACCAUUCCCUUCAUACACAAUUGUGAUAGAGCUAUAUGGUCCACAUGUUGUUUUGUAAUGAACAUGUAAAUGGAUCCAAAUAUUUUUGAACAUGUACUUGGGUUCAGAAUAUAUACUAACUUCUUCC